AUGUUGUCUGAAGCAGAGGUUGGAAUCAUUGAGAAGAUCACUCUAGUGAAUUUCAUGUGUCACACCAUGUUGGAAGUCCCUCUGGGUGCUAAUGUCAACUUCAUCAUAGGAAGAAAUGGAAGUGGUAAAAGUGCUAUAAUGACAGCACUGGUGGUGGGAUUAGGAGGAAAGGCUGCCACGACUAACAGAGGAAAUUCCCUCAAGGGAUUCAUUAAGGAUAAGUGCAGUUAUGCACAGGUAUCAAUCAAGCUACGAAACAGAGGACAUGAUGCAUAUAAAGCUAAAGAAUAUGGACAGUCUAUAACAGUUGAAAGAAGAAUCACUAGUGAUGGCAGUGGCUCUUACAGACUCAAAUCACAUGAUGGUAAAGUUGUUUCUCAGAAAAAGGAUGAGCUCAAUCACAUUCUGGACCAGUUUAAUAUCCAGGUAGAUAACCCAGUAUCUGUGUUGAAUCAAGACACCAGCAGGAACUUUCUGAACUCUUCUGAUCCUAAGGAUAAGUACAAGUUUUUUCUCAAAGCUACCCAGCUAGAACAAAUGAGUACAGAUUAUGAGCUGAUUAUUGAACAGCAGGAUAUCAUCAAGAAUACUUUGGAAAGGAAGCAAGAGACACUUCCAGCAAUGCAGCAUCAAGUGCAGCUUCUGGAGGAGAAGUACAAAGACAUUUCACAGUUGAAGAAUAUGAAAGACCAGGUUGAAGAACUAAAGAAGGAACGAGUGUGGGCAGAAGUUAUAGAGGCUGAAAAGAAACUUGGUCCACUAGCCAAAGAAGAAGAAAAUCAGAAGGCCAAGCUGCCCAGAUAUGAAGAGAAAGUGACAGGUUGUCAGGAGGAGGUGAGAAAGUUGGAGGAGGAGUGGGGAAAAGUUAAUGAACAGUUGAAUGCUAUUACUGAGGAGGGUAAAGAAUUAGGUGGACAACAACAAGCAAUAUGUAAUGAAUUGAAGCAAAAGAAAAACAUCUACAGGGAAAAACAGGUAUUGUUAAACUUGUUAAUGCUGUUCUCACACUUUAUUGUAAUCUUUUGUAGAGCUAUGCGUGACCUUGAGUCUGAGAAACAGCAAAGACAAGAAGCCCUGCAGCAAAAAAGAGAUGAACUUAAAGCUUGGGAAAGUCAGUUGUCAACUACAAACCAUCAUCGUGGACAGCUGGAGCAGGCCAUUUCCAGAUCAAAGGAAAGAACAUACCAGCUGAGGACAGAUUUGACUGACGCAAAUCACAGAGUGGAUGCAGUCCAGAGGCAGCUUCGAGAUCUUCAAGGUAGUCGCAACAACAAGCUUAAACUAUUUGGCUCUUGGGUGCCUGAGCUUUUACAAAGAGUGGAGCAGGCAGACCAGAGGGGAAAGUUUCAUCACAAACCUGUUGGCCCCAUUGGGGCACACCUGACCUUGAAGGAUGAAAGAUGGGCACUGGCAGUGGAGUCUUGUAUCAAAAAGUUUGGCUGGGCAUUCUGUUGCCAUGACAACCACGACCAGCAAGUUUUAAAACAGCUUUUUAUGCAAGUGUGCUCAAAAGAUAACAUUCCAACCAUUAUUGUCAGCAGAUUUCAGAGCAAUGUCCAUGAUGUCUCAGCUAAUAAACCAAGAUGUGAGUUCCCAUCUGUGCUUGACAUGCUGUUGAUUGACAAUCCUGUUGUUACAAACUGCCUUAUUGACCAGGUUGCUAUUGAGUCAGUGUUGCUCAUAGAGGAUCCCAAAGUAGCGCGUCAAGUUAUGUUUCAGAACCCUCCCGCAAAAGCAAGAAUGGCUUAUGCAAUGAAUGGAGAUCAACUGCUUGGUGGGAAGACAGCCAGAUCGUAUGCAUCCAUGAUGGAUAAGGCCAGAUACUUACAGAAAGACAUUGAAGUAGAGAUUAGGCAGCUCGAGCAAGAGAUUGAGCACAAAAGACAGCAUCAACAACAAUGCCAAAUGGAUUUGGAUGAAGUCAACAAAACAAUCAGAGACAAUGAGAGCGAGCUUCGGAAGUCAAAACAGAAAGCAUUUCGUGAGCAGGAAGCAGUUAAUAAAAUCCUUGGUGAAAUAACAGAGCUUGAGAACUAUGAGGAAGAAGAACUCCCAGAUGUCACGACAUUGGAGGAAGAAGUUGAACAUUACACCCAACAGUUAGAAGACUUGGAACAACAGACUGCUGUAGUUGAAGGAGAGGCGGAGAAAGCACACGAUGAACUGAGCAAACAACAGCUUAAGGAAGCGCAACACAGGGAAAAGAUCCAAAGCCUUUUGGAGAAGGCGGAUCCAUUUAGGAAUCAGCAACACGACAUUGAAGUAGAGAUCGAGACUCAAAAGAGCCACAGGAGACACUUUGAAACUCGGCUUAGAGAACUACAGGAUUCGAUUAGGAAAGCAGAGCGGGAACAUGAAACCAUGAAGAAACUAGUCAGGGUGAAGACUGAACAAGCCAGUCAAUUUUGUGAACGAGUUUCAACCAGACGGACUGUGAAGAACCUUGAGACUGAGAUCAUUCAAAAGACCAGACGAAUACAGACUGAAGAACGAAAUAAGGGCAAACACGAGGAUAUCACAAGAGAGUAUUUUGAAGCAAAGAAACGGUACGAAGGUAUCAUGGAAUCAUUGAAGAAUCUGAAAAGAUACAGCAAGCGUUUGAAGGCAGUGAUGGAGCAAAGAGCGAAAGCGUUUGUGAAUUACCGUCAUUUCAUCGCUAUUCGUGCCAAGUUCUUCUUUCAAAUGAUGCUUUCUCAGAGAGGUUACAACGGCAAGAUGAGCUUCGAUCACGGCAAUGAAAUUCUUGGGCUUCAGGUUAACGUUGAGCAGGGUUCUAAACGGGUUGCCAAGGAUACUCGCUCGUUAUCUGGAGGAGAGAGAUCUUUUUCCACCGUGUCAUUCAUCAUGGCUCUCUGGGAAGCAAUGGAGUCGCCCUUUAGAUGUCUAGACGAAUUCGAUGUGUUCAUGGACAUGGUAAACAGGCGGAUUAGCAUGGAAAUGAUGUUGAAGGUCGCUAAAGAGCAGCAAGAAAGGCAAUUUAUUCUUCUCACGCCCCAGGACAUGAGUGCCAUCGGAAGCAGUCGAAGCGUAAGAAUAUUUAGACUAAACGAUCCUGAAAGAGGCCAAACGACAUUAAACUUCCAGCCAUCUGAGGACUGAAAUAUUCUUAUCUAGUUUAGUUUACCUUCAGUUUAUCGACGAGUUUAUUAUGAUAGAUAUGAUUGAUUACCGUUACAGAGAUAGUAGUUUUAUGUUGAGGCAGAGCUUAUCGUAAAAAACGUUUAUGGACACUUUGUUUGUCUAGGGACAGCCAAAUAAACAGUAGAAUUAGAAUUUCGAUGUAAGAAAAUAACUACGAAAAGGUUUUGGUUAGGAAAUCGUCAUUGUGAGACGAUAUCAAUAAGGAAUGCUUAGUAUCAGUUGGGAGACGUCGAAACUUGACACUGGGGAUUAAAAUAUAUUAUACCUUAAAUUUCAUCUUCCUCCAGACAUGCACAGGAAUACCUUUUUUUAAAAUUCAAAGUUUAUUUAUAUGUUACGUUAAUUUUUAAAUAAAAGUUCAUGUUUAAAAGAAGGAACAAAUAUAGUUAUAUAUAGUCAAAUAUAGUUAUUUUUCAAAAGUAUUAUAUGAUGUCACAAGGAACAAACCUGGAUUUGCAUUUGACCUGAAGAUUAAAUUGUUCCUUUAUUGAUGAUUCGCAUUAGUAUAGCAUACCACUAGAAGGCUACUUGAUUCAAAGCCAAACGUUAAAUUGUAUUUUUAAAAAUGUAGGUUUUAUGUAUUAAAAGGUUGACCUAUUU